GUAGGCAGACGCGCGCUGUUCAAAACACGGGGAAGAAACGCGGGCAGCAGAAGAAGAAGAAGAGACUUGAGCUAAACCUAAACGUUAAUCUCUGUGAAUGUAGCGCGACACAAACGUGUUCGGUGACAUUUGGAGAAAUGAUGCCCACUACGACCAGGAAGAGGAAGCUCUCCUCUCUGGACUCUGACAGUCACCCGGCCAAGAAGGGAGUGAGAGAGGAGACGUCCCCCGUGAAGAGAGGAUCCCAGAGAAACCUGCAGUCGUCUCCAACUAGAAAGAAGCCAGCUGGACGUUUGGACAUGUUUAACUUUCCCUCCCCGCAGAAAUCCCCUCGUGGACGAGCAGUCUCACCGACCAAAUCGCCUCGUAAAUCUCCCGUCAAACCUGCCAUCGUCACGAGCUCCUUUUACGGCAAGAAUAAGCCCGUCUAUCUCACUCCACUGGAGAGAAAGGCGAUAAAGGAGUCUCGGCCCUCUCCUCCUCCUCUUCCCUUGCCCCCCUCUCAGGUGAAGAAGCCGGUAAUGAAGAAUAAAAAGAAAGUAAAGGGAGGCAAGAAGCUGAGAAAGGUUCCUGCAGGAUCUAGUAAAGUGGGGAAGACGAGCAUCAAAAACUUCACAACAUAUACAAAGACCAUCCGGCUUUCGAAGUUUAACACCAGUGUCACAGCUAAACCAGCGUCUGCACAACCUGCAGCUGCCACUGGUAACACUAAACCAGCGGACUCCAAGAAAUCGAUCACCAUCACCUUCAGCAGCCUCAAGCCCAAACCCAAGAUCUUUGUUGGCGCUGCCUUCUUCAGCACGGGCAAGAAACCGACAUCCAUGUACAAGAAAUCUGCACCGAAGUCCUCGACCAAGCCGGCGUCAGUCCAGAGCAAAAGUAGAGCCGCUCCGCCACAAGCAAAGAGCGAGAAAACAAGGCAGCAGCAGCAGACAACUGUGGCGUCGAACCAGCAACAGAAAGAUCCUGAAAAAAUCGUCGUCCAGCCGAGCAACAAGCAGAGAUCAAAGUUCGACCCGACAGACUGGAUGGACUCUGUUAACGAAGAGCCUGAAACUCCACAGCCAUUUAGCUCACCUAAAGUCUUGACAGAGAAAUAUGGGAUUCACAAGGAGCUGAAGAUUGUGUUGACGAGGACCCCGUCACCAAGUUCAGCAUCUAUCGCUUCAUUCACCAACACUCAGGACGAUUCUCUGACAGAUGUGCCCAUCUUUGACUUCAGUGAUAUCGAUCCGACCAGUGCUGCCUCCAGCUCGCCCAAAGGAUCUGCAGCAGCAGUGUAUCCCAUCUUUGGUUCUGCGUCCAAGAGGUUAAAGAAAACUCUGCAGCCUCCAGUGACCUGCAGCACCCCCUCUGGCCCCGUAACAACACUGCAGACGCCUUCUUCGGCUAAAGAGCGAAGUACUCGCAGGAGGAAAGAGAAGCAGGACGACGACCAGCUCAUCAUCGAUGCGGGUCAGAAGCAGUUUGGAGCAAUAACCUGCAGCUCAUGUGGGAUGGUUUACAGCGCCGACAACCCAGAGGACAAUUUCCAACACUCCCAGUUCCACCAGCGCUUCAUCGACUCCAUCAAAUUUGUGGGCUGGAAGAAGGAGCGGGUGGUGGCUGAGUUCUGGGACGGAAAGAUUCUCCUGGUCAUGCCCGAUGAUCCCAAAUACGCCGUCAAAAAGGCUGAGGAUGUGCGUCGCGUCGCGGACAACGAGCUGGGUUUCCAGCAGGUGACUCUGAGCCGACCCACUCAGGCUAGAACCUACCUGUUCAUCAACGCGGAGCGAAUGGUGGUUGGCUGUCUGAUCGCUGAGCCCAUUCGACAGGCUUACAGAGUCCUGGAGCAGCCGGACCAACAGAAGGACAUGACCAAGGACGACUUCAUGGAGCGACACCGAGCCUGGUGCUGCUCCUCCGUCCCAGAACAAGCCAUGUGUGGGAUCAGCCGGAUCUGGGUCUUCAGCCUGGCCAGACGUCAGGGAGUCGCCACCCGCAUGUUGGACACCGUCAGGAGCACCUUCACGUACGGAAGUCGUCUGACCAAGGACGAAGUCGCCUUCUCUGACCCGACACCUGACGGCAAAGUGUUCGCAACCAAGUACUGCAGCACGCCGACCUUCCUGGUUUACAACUUUGUCGCGUGAUGUUGGGAAAGAACUCAGCUGAACGUGUGGAUGAAAUGUUUUUAUUCAGGCUCUCGAUGAGUGUUGCGUCUUCACAGAUCUUCAGCCGGUUGUUGGAUUGUUCUUCACAUGCAAAGCAGUGACUUCAGGUUUUUGUUUGUGUACAAGCUGCAGUUGUGUACUUUUUAUUCAUCAGGAUGAAGUAGGUUCACUGUUUUUAUGUGAAUACGCCUGUGAUCCCUCAGUAUUUAUACUCUGCCGUUUCCUGUUGAAUGUAUAUUGGCGGUGCUUUCAGAUGUUUAUAUUUUGUUAAGGACAUUUCUGAAUAUAACCACAUAACUUCAUUUAUUCAUUCGUGUAAAUGUUCCGAUGUUUUCUUUCUCGCUCCCAGCUCAAGGUUUUCUGAGCACUUUGGAAGGAAAUGUUUACAGACACUGUUAAAAGCAGAAACCCUGAUUGUUCUGAUUGUUCUGCUUCAUUCU